AUGGAAGUCCGUCCAACACAUCUCGCUGUCAACUCCAAGAAGAAGAGGAGGAGAGAUGCGGAGGAGGAGGAGCCCACACAGAACCAAGUGAUGAAGAGUGGAAAAAGAAGAAGAAGAAGAGACAGAACGAGGAGAGUCAGAGGCCGAUUCCAACCAGACUGCGGAAGUGUUGAAGAGAGGAGCAAAGAAGACAAGAAACAGAAGAAGAAAAAGGAGGAGAAGAUGGUGACCAAAACCACUGCCUCAUCCAGGACCCUCUCCCACCUCGUCCACAGGACCCUCUCCGACCAUAGCCAAAGGGGACAAAAACACCAAGAAGGCUCCAGCUGCCACAGCAGUAUCUCUGUUAACGGUAAAGCCACAGCAAAGACCCAGAAUGGGGAAACAGACUCAUGUUCUGAUUCCAGUGGCAGCAGUAGUGAGGAGGAAGCCCCAAGUAAAAAACCCCACACAGAAACGACCCCCAAAUCACCCUCUCUACCUCUACACACCCCCGUCGCAUCUAAAGCCACCCAAAGUCACCCUAUAGUCAAACCCCCAACCCCCAAUAAGAAACCACGCCCACCUCCCUCGUCAUCCGAUUCGGACUCAGACUCAUCGGAUGACGAGCUCUCUAGCAAAGCCACCACAGGCAAACCUCCGCGGUUAAAACCAAACUCCUCUAUCCAGCCUGCUGCCACUCCUCCUACUACCACAGGCUCCGACGCUGGUCCUAGGGACAAAACCACCCCCUCCGAGCCCAGACCCAGCCUCCCUUCCUCAGGUCCCAUGAACUCUGUAUCCCCUGGCCAGAGGCUAAAGCUCCAGGGCCAGGCUCAGUCCGCAGCACAGAAGGCCCCCAGGAGGCCCGAGAGCUCAGACUCUAGUGGUGGUAGUAGUAGUGAGGAGGAGGAGAUUCAGCUGGUUAUCAACGGCCAGGCCUGGGGAUGGGGAGGCCCCUCUAGUGGCAGCAGACCCCACCUGGAGAGGCGAGGCAGGAAGCCUAGGAGUGCAGAGAGGGGUGGGGAUCAUGCAGGGUUUUAUUUCAACUAUGAAGGUGGACAGCGACAGCAGAAUAAUCAUCAGCAGCUACCAUCGUACCAGAAUGACUCCCUGAUUAACAACUCUGUGGUGUUCCAGAACCCAUCAGAGAGUGUCACCAGGAGGGACUACAGUGAGAUGCCCCUCCUAGCUGCUCCCCCUCAGGUGGGACAGAAAAUCGCCUUCAAGCUGCUGGAGCUGACAGAGAACUACACACCAGAGGUGUCUGAGUAUAAAGAAGGGAAGAUCAUUCAUUUUGACCACAGCACAAAACAGAUUGAGCUAGAGCUGCUCUCUGCUUAUCAAGCUCCGGUGGAGCCGGGGAAGUUUGACCUGGUGUAUCAGAACGCUGACGGAUCAGAGAGUGUGGAGUACGCUGUGUCCCGUGGCUCCAGGGUGACUGAACGUUGGGACUCGCUGCUGGAGCCCAGGCUGGUUGUGGGGAAUUUGGGCUGAGGAACAAGAUGGACGUUCUUGGUCGACUUGGCCCAGGAAUUUCUAACACACCGGCCCAUU